CUUUCAGUUUUGCAGCUGCUGGAAGCGGCAGGAUGGAGGUGCCCAGCGAUCCAGAAAUGCAUUAAAUGAACAACAGGACGGCCACACCACCAUGAAAAAGGAGGUUUCCUUCUUCGUCAGCCCCUCAGCGAGCCCCUCUCUGCCCGGCUGCAUCGCUCUCCUCAUCGCUCUCCAGGUUCACCGUCUAGUGGCAGCCCAGUUCAGAGUGAUUGGACCGGACCAGCCAGUUGUUGUCUCUGUGGGAGCAGUCGCAGUCCUUCCUUGCCGCCUCUCCCCUGCGACGAGCACGGAGAGCAUGGAGGUGCGGUGGUUCCGGUCCCGGUUCUCUUCAGUGGUGCACUUGUACCGGGGAGGUCGGGAUCAGCCUGGAGAGCAGAUGCAGGAGUAUGUCGGGAGGACUCAGCUCCUGAAGGACAACAUCUCCUCUGGGAGCGUCUCCCUAAGGAUACACGGGGUGCGACCCUCCGACCACGGGCAGUACACCUGCUUCUUCCAGGCUGGUGUCUCCUCUGAAGGAACUCUGCUGAAGCUGCAGGUGACAGCACUGGGCUCUGACCCCCACGUCUCUGCUGAGGGUCACCAGGAUGGAGGGAUCCAGAUGGUGUGUCGAUCAGCUGGGUGGUACCCAGAGCCCGAGGUGCAGUGGAGAGAUCACCGUGGGCAGCUGUUACCACCAGCCUCUGAGAAGAUGUUCACAGACACUGCCGGGCUGUUUCACGCAGAGGUUUCUGUUGUGAUCAUGGCAGAGUCGAACCAGAACGUGACCUGUGCUGUCAGGAGCCUGUUCCUGAACCAGGAGAAAACAGCCACCAUCAGUAUUGCAGGUCACUUUUUCCCCCGGGUCUCCCCCUGGAUGGUGGCUCUGGCUGUGAUUGUACCCAUCAUGUUGGUGGUCAUUGUCCUGAGCUUCUGCCGUGCAAAAG